AUGCCACUCUGGGUGUUCUUUGUGAUCCUCACCCUCACCAGUGGCUCCCACUGCUCACUGCCCACCUCACUGCCCUUCAGGAUGAGGCGAUAUGCAGACGCCAUCUUCACCAAUAGCUACAGGAAAGUUCUGGGCCAGCUGUCUGCCCGCAAACUGCUCCAGGACAUCAUGAGCAGGCAGCAGGGGGAGAGGAACCAGGAAGGAACCAGAAUACGGCCUGGCCGGCAGGUGGACAGCAUGUGGGUGGACCACAGGCAGGUGGCGCUGGAGAGCCUCUUGGUAGCCCUGCUGCAGAAGCACAGCAGGAAUUCCCAAGGAUGA